UUUCUCAUUCGGUGUGUUAUGGUGGAAAUGCCAUUGUGAUGACGUCGAGGGGAUGAGUGCGCAGAGCCGGGCAGCCAUUAUUAUACAGCAGAGCUUCCCUGGGAAGGUCGGAGGGAGAAGGGAGGCACUCGUGCUAGCAAAGAGCUGGUCUUGUUUGGCCACUAACUCAUAAUACGAGGACACCAGGCGGUCUACUUUCUGGGAAUAUAGACCCGCCAGGACCUUUUAAAAAUCUCAGCGUCUCUGUCCCGCUUCGGCACCCAUUCUGAAAACGGAUCCGUCCACACCGCAAACUCCCGCUGCAUUGAGAGUACGGUCUUUAAUUCAGAAGUAUAAGUAAACCUGUACGACGACUGUAGUACAGCUAAAUUGUUUCUUUAUAAAUUGAUAGCUAAUUUUAAUCAACACAAAAUGGAUGAUAAGGUGUUUACGAAGGAAUUGGACCAGUGGGUCGAGCAGCUGAAUGAAUGUAAGCAACUAACUGAAAACCAAGUCAGAACGCUAUGUGAAAAGGCUAAAGAAAUCCUGACGAAGGAGUCAAAUGUCCAGGAGGUGCGUUGUCCGGUCACUGUCUGCGGAGACGUUCACGGUCAGUUCCAUGACCUCAUGGAGCUCUUCAGAAUUGGAGGCAAAUCACCAGACACCAACUACCUUUUUAUGGGAGAUUACGUCGACAGAGGCUACUACUCCGUUGAAACGGUCACACUUCUUGUAUCAUUAAAGGUUCGUUAUCCAGAACGCAUCACAAUAUUGAGAGGAAACCAUGAGAGCAGACAGAUCACACAGGUGUAUGGGUUUUAUGAUGAGUGUCUGAGGAAGUAUGGAAAUGCCAAUGUUUGGAAAUACUUCACAGAUCUCUUUGACUACCUUCCACUGACUGCUUUAGUAGAUGGACAGAUAUUCUGUCUGCAUGGUGGCCUUUCUCCCUCAAUAGACACACUGGAUCACAUUCGAGCUCUGGACCGUCUGCAGGAGGUUCCACACGAGGGUCCGAUGUGCGACUUGUUGUGGUCCGAUCCAGAUGACCGCGGAGGCUGGGGAAUCUCUCCUCGUGGUGCUGGCUACACCUUCGGACAGGACAUUUCUGAAACCUUCAACCAUGCAAACGGGCUUACCCUUGUCUCCCGUGCUCACCAGCUUGUAAUGGAGGGUUACAACUGGUGUCAUGAUCGAAAUGUGGUCACCAUUUUCAGUGCUCCGAACUACUGUUAUCGUUGUGGCAACCAGGCUGCUAUAAUGGAACUGGAUGAUACUCUUAAAUAUUCUUUCCUUCAGUUUGACCCAGCACCCCGCCGAGGAGAGCCCCACGUCACCCGCCGCACCCCAGACUAUUUCCUAUAAAGAGAUCCUUCUAUCUACCUAACCUUCUUCUGAAACUAACCUGGUGUAGAAAACACAGUGACAAAAAAAUAAAAUGUAUGGGAUCUGUUACAACAUGAAAGCACCAACUUGGACCAAAUGUGCCAUAAAUGAAAUGACAAGCAUUUAGCACACAUUAGAAAUGACCCAGAGUUUCAGUAAGACACCAUAUCCCAUUUAGCAUUCAGUUCAACAGUCGAUUGCCUGCUGUAUACUAUUGGUAGUUUGUCAUUUUGUUCCUGGACUGUAUAAUAAUAAUAACAAUAAUAAAGUUAUUGUGGCAACUUGCUUUAUUGCCUUCACUGGACAUUUGUAAUUUUUUUUGUUGUAGCUAUGCCAGGCAUGAAUUUUAGGUUUUUAUUUUAUGAGGACAAUGCUCAAGCUUAUGCCCCUCCACUAUUAGUUCUGGAAUGUUAUGCUGAAAUGGGAGAGAAAAUGUGCCCUGUUGGGAGUGUAUGCUUUCAUAUAUAAGGCUCUCCCUCCCCUUUUAUUGUCUGAAUUUACUGUUCUGUGUUUACUGUACCUUUUUUCUGUAUAUUUGCCAUGAAGUGCUAGCAUUUUACUUGGUGUAUUUGAACAAAUAAAGUAAUUUUGAUCGUAAAUUAGA